GCUGCAUCAGAUGUUCAUGAUAACAGGGCACGCGACUUGUGUUGAAAUCAGUAGUCAGAUGGUGCAUUAGUGGGAGGAAAUAUGCUGAACGUGCCUGACAGGCACAACUUCCCAUUCUAAUUCUGCUUCCAGUGAACCUCCUCCCCCUCCUAUGCACACCCCUACUGAGCUCUGCAGGGGAGAUGAGGAGAGAAAAAGAAAAAAAGAGAGAGAGAAAGAGAGAGAGAGCACGCACUAGAGGGAAUAGUUAUAAAGUAAGUGAAGAUGACAGAAAACACAGCGGAGCAGCUGGCGUGAGAGAGAGAGGCCAGUGUGUUUAUGUUGCUCUGUUGGACUGAAAUCCUCACACCAGGGAUUUUGGAGGAGGAAGGAGAACUAUAACACAGAGCUCACAGACUGUUCCUGUGUGUCCACAUCUAUGCAAACAUCAUCAUGUUCAGGGCUGUGAACUACCAACCCACAAGACAGAAGUCACAGCUGCCCUCCUGUCCUACAGCAUCCUGUCUUUUACAUCCUUCUGUCAGAGAACUGCCAAUUUCUUAACCUGUCUCAUCAUUCUCACCUACAGUCUCCUAACUAAGCUUCAGGGCACAGUCCUGAUCCUCUGAUCCACUCAUCUACUGCUCUCAAGAUAUGAACUACAGCAAUGCUACCCCUCCCUCUGGCUGUGGAAGCCAAUCAGCUGGCAACAGGACAGACUUCAGCAGCGCAUUCACGCACCAGGUCCUUCCCGUGCUUUACGCUCUCAUCUGCGCAAGCGGCCUGGUUUUGAAUAGCCUGGCUGCAUGGAUCUUCUUCCGGGUGCCCAGCACUUCUGGCCUGGUGGUCUACCUGAAGAACAUGGUGGUGGCUGAUCUCCUGAUGCUACUCUCCUUCCCAUGGCGUGUGGCUAACGAUCUGGGCUAUGGUGGCUGGCGAAUGAAGGUGGUGGUGUGUCGCUACACGGCUGUACUUUUCUACCUCAGCAUGUAUACGGGCAUUGCUUUCAUGAGCCUCAUUAGUUUGGAGCGCUAUGUUAAAAUCGUCCGUGGCUCCUCUUCCUCCUCAUCCUCGUCUCGCUUUUGCUCUUCCUCCGCCUCAUCGCUCUUGCAGCGAGUACCAGUGGCCAGAAUUCUGGCCUUCGUGGUUUGGGCCUUGCUGCUGGUCUGCAUGCUGCCCAACACCCUAUUGACUAAUCGUCCGGCAGCUGAGGGCUGCUCGUGCGUGGAACUCAAGAGUUCAUUGGGCCGUCGCUGGCAUGAAGUCUCCGCCCACCUCAUCGUGGCCAUCUUCUGGUUGACCCUUGCGCUAAUGGCAUUCUGUUACACCUCCAUCGCUCGCCACGUGUACCGAUCCUACAAAAGAGUGAACCGAGACGGCAGUGAGGCCAGCCGCAAGUCCAACCGCAGCAUCUUCAGCCUGCUGGCAGUGUUUUUCCUGUGCUUCGUGCCCUACCACGUGUGCCGCGUGCCCUACACGCUAAGUCAGCGGCAAGGCUUCAAGCUUAGCCCCUACACUCGCUUCCAGCUCUUUCAGGCCAAAGAGGCCACACUUUUCCUGUCAGCCCUCAACGUGUGUCUAGACCCUGUCAUUUACUUCCUCAUGUGCAGGUCAUUCCGAGAGUUACUGCUGCGUAGGCUGUCUACUGCAGAGGUCGAGAACAGGAGGCCCUCUGUAACCAAUGGACUCAGUGUCAGUAACUUGUAGAAGACUACGUAAUGCGAUAGCUCUUAUGAAGUUGUACACUUCAAAACCAAAACAGUGGCGAAAAUAUCUAUUAAAACUGCAUCAUAAUCUGUACUAACAGUAAGAAAAUGUUCAAAUGAAAACACGAGCACAACUGGUCAUAUUCUCUAAUGGCACUCUCUACCCACGUCACUCCCAAAGGUGAUGCUGCACAGCACAGGCGUCUGUUAACUGAUGUAUCGGAACCAAUACAUCACUGCCUUUUCAGUGGCUGGCCGAAGAUUUCUUCCUCUUACUCUGAGGGAGUUUUUCUGUGCCACAGUUGCCACUACCACCUUGCCACUGUUGUCACUAUCACUGUGGUGCUUACUCAUACGAGAUUUGGACCUGUAUCUCUGUAAAGCAGCUUCAUGACAACAUUUGUUGCAAAAAGAGCUAUACAAUUACAUAUUAAUUGAAUUGAACUGAAUUGCUAGUGAUAUGGGUAGUCCAGCUCAGUGGGUGGGGUAAUCAGCCUAGCAAAAUAGGGCAAAAAUUUGGCUAAAAAAAAAAUGCGAAGGAACCACAACGAUUUCCCUUUUUCAUGCAUUGUUAAUAAUAACAAGUGUACUUUGUCAUUGGAGCUUAUUUGCUGUAAUUGUAAUUGGGGGAAACUUGUAGUGACAGUGAUUUGUGUGCAUUUACUAAACAACACUGAGAUUUCAUUUAAAAAUUCCUGUAUACCAAAAUGGACAAUGGAAAUUAAAAGCCUUAGCAGUGCAAUGGAUUUGUAACAACAUAUUCUGUUAAAUACAGAUUUUUUGCCACUGUUUUGUAGGUGUGAAAGCCAGUAGGUUUAAAAUAUAUUUUAUUGUUAAUAAUUAUUUUUUUUAAUAAAAUAUUUUAACCAAUCGAUCAUAUUGUCUUCAUAAGUUAAAACAGUGGGUGGAGGGCACACUCAUGUAUCUACUGAAAAAAAGCACACAAGACAAAAUAUAUCAGGUCUAGAUAUGUCCAGUUUAAGACAAUUGCAUGUGCAGUUGUUUAGGGUUUUCAGGUUUAAUGCUUUUUAUUUUUUGGUUGGCCACCAACCUGUUUCAUUCAGAACAUGAAAACAGACUUAUAACAAG